AUCUAUGUUACAUUCUGGAACAUUUCUCGUCCAAUAAUCGAGGUCUUGUAUGACCCUCCUGUCAGAGGACUUGGGGAAGGAAGAGGCGCAGAAAAAUACUUCUGCUGGAAAUACACUUUAACCUAUUUAGCUUUUUUUUAAAGGCUUCCCCGCUCCACCGUGUGUUACACUGCAUAUGUUCUCACUAUCCUGGAUUGUGAAAGCGCGCGCACACGCCCCUCUGAUUCUCCAUAUGCUCAACAGAUAUUUUCCCUGAAUGGAGUUUCUCGUGUAUUAGCAGUCAGUACAGACAGGAUCCAUGUCGUUUUUGCGCUGGGUCUCAGAGAAGCUGAGUGUGGAGAGCCUGAGGGAUCUAGAGCUGUUUGGAGAGCAGGCUCAGGGAAGCUCGCACAGGAAACCCCAUGAAGACAGCGAGGAGUCGCUGACCUCCCUCCCUCACCAGGUCACCAUGGGAACCUUCCUACCCGACCGGUCCUCCUACGAGCUCCUCACCAUCAUCGCGGUAGGGUUCGAGUGUAAACGCCGUGUCGAGGUUGCCGCUGGUUACCGGUCUCUCUCAGGCAGGGGGCUGGAGGACCUGAUGACGGUUAACCUGGCGCGGUACCGCCCCACCGGGGAGCACGUAGCCAUCCGCCGCAUCGACCUGGAGGCCUGCACCAACGACAUGGUCAACUACCUACAGGGGGAGCUCCACGUGUCGAAGCUGUUCCAUCACCCAUGCAUACUGCCCUACAGAAGCAUCUUCAUCGCAGAGAACGAGCUCUGGGUGAUCACCCCCUUCUUGGCCUACGGCUCAGCCAGAGACCUGAUCAGCACCCAUUUCACUGAGGGCAUGGGUGAGCUGGCCAUCGCCUGCGUCCUGCUGGGGGUGCUCAAGGCCUUGGACUACAUUCACCACAUGGGCUACGUGCACCGGAGCGUGAAGGCCAGCCACGUGCUGAUCUCUGCAGACGGGCAGGUCUUCCUGUCGGGGCUGCGCAGCAUCUUCAGCCUGAUCCGGCACGGCCAGCGAGCUCGGAGCGUGCACGACUUCCCCCAGUACAGCGUCAAAGUGCUGCCCUGGCUCAGCCCCGAGGUCCUGCAGCAGAACCUGCUGGGCUAUGACUCUCGCUCAGACAUCUACAGCCUGGGCAUCACCGCCUGUGAGCUGGCCAACGGACACGUGCCCUUCAAGGACAUGCCAGCCACCCAGAUGCUGUUGGAGAAGCUGAACGGCACAGUCCCCUGCCUCCUGGACACCAGCACCAUCCCCACGGACGAGCUCACGCUCAAGACCUCGCGCUCUGGGGCCGACUCGGGCAUCUGCGAGGGCCCCGGGGCCAGUGGGGCCCGCCACGCUAACGGGGACCCCUCCACCUCCAGCCACCCCUACAACCGCACCUUCAGCCCCCACUUCCACGCCUUCGUGGAGCUCUGCCUCCAGAGGGACCCCCAAAGAAGGCCUUCUGCCAGUGCUCUGCUCGGCCACUCCUUCUUCAAACAGAUUAAGCGGCGGCCGUCGGAGGCCCUGCCCGAGCUGCUGCGCCCCGUCUCGCCCAUCACCAGCUUCCAGAACGCCCAGCCGCCCGACUCCCCCUCGGGCGUGGCCAGCCUGGAGUCCAGCCUCAGCCAGCUGGACGUGGACGACUGGGACUUCUGACAGCGGUGUGGGGUGGGGGGGGAGUGGGCGGGGUUAUGGGGGGGGGGGGUCUACCUGGAGGCGGUCUCAGAAGAGUUAAUUUUAUUACCCCUGUAAAUAUCCAAGCGGAAAAUUCCGGACUUUGAGGAGACUGGGAAAAGCGUCGGAGGGCUCAGUUCUCAAACCCCCCCCCCCCCCCUCGCACUUCCUCCGAAAGGCUCGUCACGCGGGGGAGGCGUUUCCUCCUGUCGCCGUCGCAGGGCCCGAUUUCGGGGCCCUGUAAAACCGCCCAAAGCCUUUUUUUUUUUUUAGUUUCCCUCUGCACACCUAUUCGCCGGCGUUGACGGGAGCGGCGAGCCUCGCUGGCCGCCCGUCGUUGCAUCACUACUCUUCAGCGCGUCGUACGAAUCCGCGUCGAACCAGUCUCACCACGCAAAAAACUUCCUUCAGUCUCCUGCUGUUCAUCCACUGGACACGUCUGUUACCCGAUAUCAGUCUUUUACUCUUACGCAGGCUUGCCUGUCUGUGAACAACUCCUUCAUCCUUUGUGUAUUCACCCUUUCUUCUACCUGAAAGUCUGUUACCUCAUGUAAAGAUUUGGAUACUUUUUUCAGCUCUUGGCGGAACCGAAGACUCUUUUUCUGCGUCUGUCGCUGUUACGCAUUUCUAACUGCUAAGCCAAUGUUACAGUAUUUUGGUCAAUAGCUGCAUAUCGAGUGGGUGCACAGGUGAGCUGGAGGCAAGGGUCUUCGGCAGCUGAACGUCGCGAAUAAAGUUGACUUCGCUCGCUA